CCGCGCCCCCCGCGCGCCGGCCCCUUCCCCUGCGGGCGGCGCGGGCCUGGGAGGGGCGCCCGCAGCCAGCCGCGCAGCAUGCACUGGGGGGUUGGCUUUGCCUCGUCCAGGCCGUGCGUGGUGGACCUGAGCUGGAACCAGAGCGUCUCCUUCUUCGGCUGGUGGGCCGGGUCCGAGGAACCUUUCUCCUUUUAUGGGGACAUCAUCGCUUUCCCUUUGCAGGAUUACGGUGGGAUCAUGGCAGGGCUGGGCUCCGAUCCCUGGUGGAAGAAAACACUUUACUUGACCGGGGGAGCUUUGCUGGCCGCAGCUGCGUAUCUGCUCCACGAACUCCUGGUCAUUAGGAAACAGCAAGAGAUUGACUCCAAAGAUGCUAUUAUUUUGCAUCAGUUUGCAAGACCUAACAAUGGUGUCCCCAGUUUGUCUCCUUUCUGUUUGAAAAUGGAAACUUACUUAAGGAUGGCCGACUUACCCUAUCAGAAUUAUUUUGGUGGAAAACUUUCUGCUCAAGGGAAAAUGCCUUGGAUUGAAUAUAAUCAUGAAAAAGUUUCUGGCACAGAAUUCAUAAUUGACUUUCUGGAAGAGAAACUUGGAGUGAAUUUAAACAAAAACCUUGGCCCUCAUGAAAGAGCCAUCUCCAGAGCAGUGACCAAGAUGGUGGAGGAGCACUUCUACUGGACGUUAGCUUAUUGCCAGUGGGUGGACAAUCUCAAUGAGACCCGGAAGAUGCUCUCUCUUAGUGGUGGCGGUCCCUUCAGUAACCUGCUGAGGUGGGUCGUGUGCCACAUAACGAAAGGAAUUGUGAAACGCGAGAUGCACGGCCACGGCAUUGGCCGCUUCUCAGAGGAAGAGAUUUACAUGCUGAUGGAGAAGGACAUGCGGUCCUUGGCAGGGCUUUUGGGUGAUAAGAAGUACAUCAUGGGGCCCAAGCUUUCUACUCUCGACGCCACUGUCUUUGGACACUUGGCACAGGCAAUGUGGACCUUACCUGGGACAAGACCUGAGCGGCUGAUCAAAGGUGAGCUGAUCAACCUGGCCAUGUACUGUGAGAGGAUAAGGAGGAAAUUCUGGCCCGAGUGGCACCACGAUGAUGACAACACCAUCUAUGAGUCUGAGGAGAGCAGCGAGGGCAGCAAAACCCACACGCCCCUCCUGGAUUUCAGCUUUUACUCAAGGACAGAGACCUUUGAAGAUGAGGGAGCAGAGAACAGUUUUUCCAGAACCCCAGAUACGGAUUUCACUGGACACUCGCUCUUUGAUUCUGACGUGGACAUGGAUGACUACACAGACCACGAACAGUGCAAGUGAUGUUCAGCCUCGCUGACCCUCUUCUGCUAGAGCUGCCACUCCCUGGGGUUGGCCCGACUUCCUGGGUAGAAAUCCAUCUCAGCUGGGAGGAGAUCUUCGUGCUCGGCACACUUCUCACAAGCUAACUGGACUAUAGCAGCCUUAUUUCUUUUUGUACAAAACAAAAACACAGAACCAUUCAGAUGGCUCCAUUUAAAACAAACAGGCAAAAAAAAAAAAAAAAAAAAGUCAGCAUGGUUCCUGAAAUCCAUUUUUGUUUUCAUUAGAAAACUAACAUUUUGUGGUAGAGCAGGUGCCAGAGCAGGUUGUCUAUGGAUCGUGUUUACGUAGAUCCUCUUCAACCCGAGGGCUUAGCUGUGAGAUGGAGUCUUGAACAUCCUGCAUCCACCUGGGUUCAGAGUCAUGAGACAAGUCACCAGGAGAAAUGUAGGAGACAGAUGUUCUAUGGUGGCUGCUUGUAUUUUAUUUGUGUAUAUUGUAUGUUGAGAUAAUUCAAAUAAAAUCCAUAGAUAUUCAGUGAACACCUACUAUGUGCAAAGCACUGUGUUAGGUGCUAACCAGUAUAAGUUUUCUUUGUCCUGCCAGUGACUAGCUGUGUGAUUUCGGGCAAGUCCCUUAAUUCUUGUGUGCCUCAUUUCCCCCACCUGUAAGGUGGGGAUACCAAUACUCUCCACCUACCUACCUCACAGGGGUGUUGUGAGGAUUCACGUGGUAACAUUCGGCGCUUUAAACCUCUUGGAAGGGGUGUGACAUAAACGCAACAUUUUAUUCUUGAUUGUGCUUCCGAUGUAUGAAGAUUCGAGGGCAGAGGAAUUCCAUAUCCAGCCAACAGCAGCCACAGUCAACUCGCAAAAGCCGAGCAGACGAAACAUGCAAAGGCACAGCUAGGACUCUGUCAUCGUUCUUCCCUGUGAUCCUGCUUGAAUCGAAAUCUUUUGUUGAAAGAGCCUUGAAAAAUAUUUUUACAGAUCAUCAACAGCUACACACAGUCUUCAAUUCUGUGGACCUGCAGAAGUCUUUCUUUUGUUGCCUGAACGCACACUGGAAUGUCGUCCUUUGUUGACUCCCGAGUGUUAAGUUGCCUGUGUUUGGUUUAUUUGAAGGGAAUAAAGCUCAGGAAUAUGAUAGGUUUCUUAGAGGUGAAGGCGAAGGUAUUUGACUGAUUUUUCUAAGCAGUCGCUUACCAACAUGUAAUGUCUUUUUGAAAACAAACCUUGCAAGAAGUAUUGAAAAGAUGAAGUAUGAAGAGGAUCCUGUUACUGAUAUCAAAGCACUUUGUGCAGUGUAGACUCUAUGCAGUUUUACUAAUGCAACCUUUCUGGUGUUCUCAGCCAUUGCCCCAUGAGAGGAAGGCAAUGCUGAGGACAAAUCUUAAUAUUUCUUAAGGAUUUCCCAUAGUCUCCCUGUGCUCCCUCUCCUUCCCCGUAGAGCACAUGGAUCCUUGGGGUUACUCUAUUUACCAAGGCAUCUCUGAAGACAUUAUUUUUGUUGACUUAAAACAUUUUCCAGUGAAAUAUGGGGUGAAGAUGCUGGGGUGAUGGCCGUGGAUUUGGGCUAGGAGGGUCGGUGUUAAGAUUUACUACUGCAAACAGAACUGCUUUGCUUCCGAUCACAAUGGACUCACUGGGUAAUAGUUAUUCAUUGUAGGGCCAAAGACGCACUGCUUAAAAGACAGCAACUUGUGCUGAGAAGUUCACAUACUUUGCUUGAAAAAGACUCUCUUUGAAUAUGGCUUUUGCAAAAACAACCCUAAAAUGCGGUGGAUUCACAAAGAGGUAAAGGGGGAGAGUUGCUGAGGCCGCUUACCAUUGAAGCAACUGUGUGGGAUAUAUGUAACUGGGAAGAAAUGUGGAGAUGCCCUGAGUUAGAAAUUCUUGUUGCACAGGAAACCCAAUUGGUAGUAUCUUAUUAAAACCAUUCAUCUUCCAGAGGAGACUGUUUGUGCCUGAUGAAAAUGUGGUGGAGAAAUACGAAUGGACGAGCGUGUUUUAUCUCCAGCGUUGUGUGCGAGGAUUGGUCAUCUCUGUCUCUAACGUGUGUUCCAAGGUCAGCUGGCGGUAGUUCUGAGUGACUAGGGAUACUUUGACUAGGGAAAUUUGGGGCUUGAAAAUGUGAAUGUAAUAAACAGAUGGACUAUAGACCUGUCCGCAAAAAGACCGAGUUGCCCUGUUCCCACCCUUAGCUGGAAAGAGUUGUGUUUGAAAUUUUGCCAACAAUUUAUUCUUACUAUAUAGCACCAGGUGUGUUAUAUCUUCACUUCAAGAAUGAUUAAGUUAUGCCUGUGUAGAGUCAUAUAUUUUUUUAAUUGUGCAUAGCUUGGAGGGCAAGUACAUGGAGAGCCAAUGUUUUUUGUGAAGUUGUAAAAUAAGUCAUUCUAUUUAGGUACCUCUCACAGGGGCUUGAAUGGACAUUACCACUUGGAGUCUUGGGUACCAGCCUGAUGGCUCAUGACUGACUAUACAGCAUUUUGUAGGUGUAACCUGAUUUGGAACCCUGGAAUAUACCCAGGUUUUACCUUCCAUGUGUAUUAUGGAAACGAAAGGACCAAGAAAGAAUCGCUGUGGUGUGGAUGACCUGGGUAGUCUUUAUGGGAUGGCUUUAUUUUUAUCUUUUUAAUUUUUAUCUUUCAUUCUUAAGCUCCCCAGAUUUGAAAUGUUCUCCAAUAUGGUGAACAGGUGCUACUUAUAAGAAAAAAUAACAAGAAAUUAGGGGAUAUUUUGGUUAUCUGGCUUACUUGUUCAACUUGUGUUUCUUUUUUUAUUGGAAAGUAACUUAAGGAAGUGUGAUCUUUAAUGUUAACAGAUGUUUUUUGGUUGAUCGGAAGACCCACUAGCCACCUGUUUUUGUUUGUUUCUUUUUUACCUGUCAUUGUAAAAAUAAAUUCUUCUCUUUCAUCCCUCUCCCAUUGUCCCUUAUCCCCACUCAUCAGGAUCGAAGAGCAGCAACAGUGUGAUUUAAUCUGCAUAUGGCAGAGUAGAUAUAAGGGCAAUAUAAAUUUAUGCAAAGAUAAACUAUAUUGUUAGAGUUUGCCAUUUUGUUGUUACAAUGAAUUGUGAACAGUGAUGCUACGGAGGCCACCCAGGUGACUGAUCAUAGACUUAGAACAACUUGGACUUGAAUCACAACUGCAGUCUGGCCCUCCAAUGAACCCUGCCUGUAUGUACUGUGGUGUUAGAAAUUAGGAUAUCUUUUCCUAAAAUAGUUAAGAGUUCAAGGAAAGGAAGAGCUAGGGAUUUUAGCUUCAUGGGUGUUGCCUAGAUUAUUUGAGAAUCAUAGCAAUGUAUAGCGGGGCCAUGGAUCAGUUGUAGAAAUCCCCUUACAGGAGAGCCUCUGAGGUUAUUGGCUCUAUGUCACAUGCACAUUCAUUUGGAGGGCAGGACCUGAACUGAAGUCUUUGACCUUUCUUUAGAUGGUUCUUGCCAUUAUACCACUUUGACUUGGUUUCCUAUUAAAACUCAUGUCCCCUGAGAAAUCACUCCAUGCCUGUGGAACCAGAACGUCCUAGCCUCUCUUAAAGAGUGCUUGGAGUCUUCCACUCUUGUUCUCCAUGUCUAUUCAGGUCCAUCCAGACCAAUUCAAGAGAUCUUUCAUUAGGAUUUACUCUGUGCAAGACACUGCUAGACUCUAUGAAAGACAUCAAGUCACCAAGACUCCUUAUCCUUUGUUAUUUAUCUUUAAAGAAUCCAUACCUGUAUGUUCACUUAUUAUGUAUUUACUGAACAUCUACCUACCCUCUGCCUGGCCCUAGGACCCAUGCUGGAUAAAGAGGUGAACAGAACAGACAUGCCCUUGUUUUAGGGCAUCCUUUUUUGCCUAGACUUCUCUGAAAGCUUCUUUUAAAUGCUUGGUUGCUUCCCUGAUCCAUUCCACCCACCACCAUUAAUUUUUUUAAAAAAGCCUUGGCCCUGAGGGGCUGCCAUAUUGCCUCAGGAUGAGGGCCACUCCCUGGGGCAUGGUAUUCUCACCUCUUCUCUCAUCUCAUUUCCUGUUGUGUCUCCUAGGGCUCCUCCAUUGUGAACCAUCCAGUGCAUCUGGGUUGGUCUCUUUGCCACUGCCUAAAUAGGCCUCGUGUCUCUCUGCCUCUGCUUAUGCCUCUGCCUAUGUUAGCCUCUCUUCUGUCUCUGCUUAUGCUAGCCUCUCUUCUGAAAUGCCUGCCCUUCCUGUCUGCUGGUCCAACUCAUGCCCAGCUCUUGAGGCCCAACUUCAUCCAUUCUGCAAGACUUCCCAGCCCAUUAUCAUCUCUCCUUUCUCUAGAAACACAGCACUCAUCAUUUCCUUCCAUGAUGGCUACAUGGGAAAGGUAUGCCCAGAAAGCAGGCCAUACACUAAAAAGUAGUGGUUUUAAAUUUUUUGUGUUGGGGCUGUCACUGACAAUCUAAUGAAAAUCCUGUAUCUUAUUACCAGAAAAAUACAUAUAUGCAAAUAUGCAAAAUUUUACAUAUAAGUUCAGUUUUAGAGGCCUGAAAUCAUUCAUGGAUUCCUUAGGGGUCUCACAGACCCUAGCCAAAUAAACCUAUUAGAAAGCCUUUAAAAGUUACUGUUGUUAGUGUUCAUUCUUUCUUGCCUUUGAUGUAUUCAGAGAGGAGAAAAAUUGGUCUGGGAUGUGUGUGCAAAAGCAAUCUCAAAAAAAAAAAAAAAAGCAAUCUCUUAUUGUCCAUGUCGAGUGUGUGUUGAGUGACAGGGAAGGAAGGAAGAAGAGCAGUCUAACAUUAAUUGAUAAAGUGUCUUUGUCUUGACAGAUUUGACCUUUUGAAACUGACAAGAUUUUAUUGUUGUCAUUGUCGGUUGUCUUUAAACUAUCCAAAAAGUUAAUCAAAAUCAAUUCAGGGCCAGAUGAGCUUCACUUCAGCCCUUGAAUCCACCACUUCUGCGUGGGUAGGGUGACUGGCUGGGGGCUUCAGGUAGGAGAGAAGAGGCUGGAUUUUUCCUUAUAGGAAAAAGGUCUGCACAGUCACAUUUUCCUGUACUCAUCCAUCGAUUUAUUCAUGAAUUCAUUCAUAGGAUAAUUGUUGAGUGUAUUUUCAAUAAAAGGAUGGUGCCUUUGUUGAUAGGUAACUACUCAGGUUUUUCUUUAUUGUCGUCGUCUUUGUCGUCUUCUUUUUUUUUUUUAACAGGGUGAAGUUAUUUUUAUUGCUCCUGACUAUGAUCCAAGAUCCUUUGCUUUCCAUUAUGUGCAGUGCUGUUUAAGUUGAACAAGAACCGAUGAAGGUACAUUCGAUCACAAAUACUUCCAAGUCUGAAUGCUGAACUCUGGCAACCCAUCUUUAAUAGAUCCAGCCAUGAAUUAUGUAUGAUUGUGGAGUGUUUGACCUUCUUUCACUUGCUUCUGGUGGUCUGGAUGAAACUAGGUGAAGUUUGAAAGGAUCCCCUUAGUGGGUGGGGCAGGAGGUCCCUCUUUCCUGGAGUACUCUUGCUAGUGCUCGGAGUAAAUGCAAACACAUCAUGAAUGUUUUCGUCAUUUGAAUUCCUUACCAGAAACUUGAGUUUUUAGUCCUUGACUUUAAAGAAUAUCUGGAAGAUAUUAUUUAAGAUUCCUUAACCUUUACGAUAAGAUAACUGGGAUGAGUAACAUAUUGACCUGGUCUUUAGAGAUGGUUACAGAGGAAACUGAAAAAUAGCUUAAAGGAAAGUGACUCAGCUCUCUUGGGGCUGACAGUGUGACCCCCUCCAGCAUUCUGGCUCUUGCUAAGGCAGGGAACUUGUCCCCAGAAUAAGGCCCUCUGAAACUUAUUGCUGGCUAGAUUAUGACAAAGUGGGAUGCUCGAAAUUCAAGAUUAUUGCUCCAAGUUGUAAAACCUUUAGAUAAAUAAAGGGGCCCAUUGCAAUAAUAAACUAACUUAUGAAUGUGGUCUAUCCAGCACCAACACUCAUGAUCAUUUUAGUAGGAGAAACAAGUUACCUAGAAUAAAAGAUUGGUAGAGACUUUAGUGUUCUGUACACAAUUAAAUAACAUCAGCAAUGAACUUGAUGGCCUUCUUGGAUUUUUGAAAAUUGUUGUCCCUAUUAGUAGCUUUAAAUAUUUUGAAGCAAUUCACUAAUUGUAGAGCAAUAUGUAUUUAUGAUAAUGGCUAAUUUUAUUAAAUAUGAAUAAUUUACACCCUGCCCCCACCACAGCAAACAUCUUUUUUUUUUUUUUUUUUUUACUUUGUGGCUUUGGAAUAGAGCAACUCAUUUAUCAAUAAUACUUAAAACUUUUCCUUUCUUUAGUAUUUUUAAAAGUUACUUAUGGCUUUAAAAACAAUAGGAUUCAGCUCCUAAAUUGUCAUGUUAAUUAGCUGUGGCUAAAAAGCAGAAGGAAUACAAUUAAGUGGAGGGCUAGGAAAGAGAAAUGCAAUGCUUUGGAUAUUUGCCACCUCCCUCCUCUUAAAAGUCACAAAACGAAACAGAUCUGUGGACUUUUUUUUAACAGUUGUUCUCAGAAUUAGAAGUGUUGUGUCAUAUUUUCUUCUCUCUCUUCAGUAAGAGAUCACAUUUGGCUUAUUCAAACACAAACCAUGUCCAAAUGAUUGUAUUUUUACUUUAAACAAAUUGUAUCUGAAUUCUUUUGCAGCAAUAAGAUUAAAAACAGUGCUCAAAUUUUUGAGGAAUCUCUGCUUCAGUAGGGGCGACAUGCUUGUGUUACUCCUGUCAAAAUGAUUACCUCAAGUAAUCAGUCUCAUGGGAUCAUGCUUAUUGUAAACAUGUGUUUUCCCCAGAGAUGUGCAUCCUGCAGAGUGUCUGACAGCUCAGACGGUGGUGAUGGUUGGGAAGAUGAGGGCCUGAAUCCUUCAGUUAAUGGUAUGAGGAUUUCAUAGAGUGGGAGGAGAGGAGAAAAGGUGGUGGCUUCAGGCAGCCACGUGGUAUGGCCUUGUUAGAGAUGUGUCCGGCACAUCAAAAGUUGUCUCAGUGGUGGUGUUAGUAACACAAUACAAAAUCCAGGUUUAUACAUCAAAAACAAAUGCAAUUUGUAGGGAAGGGUUGUUUGUGGAUAUACAGAAGACCAGUGAAGGAAGCAUUGGAGUAACAUUGAUCUUUGUCUUAAUUUAUAUGCUCGAGCUCCAGGGUUGUCCCACCUAAAGCCAAGGAAGUAGGGGAGCAGGUAAGAGCAGAGUGUUGGACCCCACCCAGCUCCUUUGAUUCUGGAACUUCCUUCUAGUUUCUCAAAAGGGUUUGUGGCAUAUGGUUUCCAUUUUAUAAGUAUAAAAUGUACAAAGUAAUGUAUAUUUGUUUCGUUGAUGUCCUUUAAAUGGAGACACCCCAGAUCAUCGGUAUUUAGGCAGGGGUCUCCAAACCUUUGUGCUCAUUCACUCCACAGUAAAACUUUCUGAGCAUGCUCAUUAGCAUAUUUAUUUAUAAACACACACACACUGCUCACACUGCUGUACUGAUACGUACAUGAAAAACCAUGGCAAACAUAGAAAUUUUCAUAUUCUCCUGCACUCAAUAAGAGUUUAGGGAACAGGGCAAGGUGUAUUUAGGGGUAACACCUAGAAGGCUGCAAUUGAUUAAAGAAUGUGUAUGUUACAUUUGCGGCAAAGUGAUAUGUAAAAUAGGCAUGGGCGCAUGAUCCUAGGUCAAGGAAUGUAUACCUGCGUGUAUUUAUUUUUACUUAAAAUGGACAUUUUUAGUUGGGGAAGAGAAUAGUGAACACAUAGAUAUCCCCUUUACAAGAGCCUUUUUUUUUUUUUUUUUUUUUUACAAGAGCCAUUUUUGAUCCUGUUUUUUGGGACCACUUGAUCUGGAAUGUUUUGGAAAUUUCUGAAAGAUUUCACAGUCCAUGGAUUUAAGCAAAAUAAGAAAGGAGGGGAAGAAAACAAUGCAAAUAUGGGAUGUAUUGCUUGAGAAUUCCAGUACCAAUCUGAAAAGCAUGUUUUGCUAAUUCCUGGUAACCAUCAUCUCACUGAUUAUAUAUCUUUCUUCUGUUCGUUUGUAACCCCAUGUCUGCAAAUGUGUGGAAGAUGCACAGAUUUAUUUUCAGAUGUCUGAGAUAGGAAGGACUGAUGUUGGUAUAAUUUGAACCCACAUUUCAACUGCUUGGGGGCUGAUGGGUGGACACGGCCGGCCUGGAAGCAUUUACCUGAACCAUCUGUUUUGCAAACACAAGGAAUAGCGUCUUGCUGAACAAAGGGCCUCCGUGUGGAGGUGGCAUUCCAGUGUUUAUUUCUGGACCUAUGAGUUUCUUUAGCACAGUUAUUGUUAGUAGUUUAUAAAGCCAUAUUUAAACUUGUACACUUGAUUGUAAGAUAGAUUUGAAUUGUGCACUAUGUUGAUUACUGUAUAUAAAUGUGGAAAUUCUGUACAUUUGGUCUCAAUGCUGUAUGUAUUUGAUGUGUAAAUGAUAACUAGUGGUUAUGAAAUA